UUAAAAAAACAAAACUGUAAAUGCACUUGAAAAAAAGCUAGUAAUAAGAUAAAUAACAAUGAAUACAGAAUAACGAGUAUAAUACACAACAUGAAUAGGCUAUACAAGAAAAUGCAUGUACACAAAUAUGUUCCAUGUAAUACAUUUAAAAAAUGCCCGUUAACAUCUUGACUACACUAAUUAAAAGUGCAUCAUCAAUUUUUUUUUUUUUUUGUGUGUGUACUUAAGUUUAAAACAUGUAACGUCUCAAUUCACUUGUUAAGUCUGAUGUUUCUGGGUCCAGAGCUCCAUCAGAUGUCAAAAGCAAACAAAAAACAGUGCUAAUAUACACUCACAGUGUGCUGUAUACCAAAAUCUCAGAUGGUCAGUUAUUCAGCUUUUUUAAAUCAUUAAAAUAUUGAUGUACUAAACUGAGGGCCAGUGAUUAAUAUGUUCAUUCAUUCUUUGUACGUGUAAUGGUUAAUUUGCUCGUGUUAUUUAGUCAGGCAUCAGUCACUCGCCUAUAGUUAGGACCCAGAAGGUGGAAAGGACCCGUAUGCUGACGCAGUUUAGAAUUCAUUUAUUAUCGUCUUUAUUAUUGCUGCCGCGAGACGAUACUAACGGUGAUGAUAAUGCCGUUCUGCCGCGAUACUGAGUAAUCGCAUGUGUGCGUGCAUCAAAGAAACCACACUUUAUUAAAGACUGUUCAAGUUUGCAAUGGGUGGUCUAUGAGUGGUGUGUGCAUCUAGCUCCUUCUAAAUGGACAACACUUAAUUGUUCUGAUCGGACACUAUUUGGUGGUUGCCACCGGGUAUUAAUUGGCACCUAAGAGCCGAACAAUUCUUUACAUGGUCCUUCGAGCCGGAUUGGGCAACUUCUGAAUUAAUAUAAUGUCCAUACAUAGUGAGGAGAAUAGAGAUGUUACAGUUCGCUCACGUCGCCGAACGCAGAUGCCAAGGUAUCUUGAAGAUUAUGAGGUGGAUUAUGUACCAGAGCAGCGAUCAGCACACACACCCUCAAACCACUCCAAUGAAGGAGAACAGCUAAUAGGGGCUACAGGAGGUCCAUUACCACCUCACAACACCCUGGUUGCUGGCAUUGAUCACUUUCCUGCCUAUGAAGGGAAUCCACACUUCUCUCCUGAAGCACUGCAGAUGCGCUUGAAGGAUCUGGAGGAGGAGAACCGUCAGCUCAGACGCAACCUCAGUGAACAGUCUGCACCUCACACUCCAAGGUCAUUGUCUCCAUCUCAACUAUUUUGUUCACCUAGACACUUGACACGCAAUAUGGAGGAUCGAACUUCACCGCCACAUCACAAAGUAACGUCAACAAGAGAUCAAAGAGAUCCACGUUAUGAAAGAGAAAGGUCAGUGAAACACAGUGAGGAUAAUUUGCAUGCAGAACGUCAACGUGACAGAAUUGAUGAGAUCAUUCUUGAGCUUCAGAGGAUGAAAGUGAGUUCCAAGCAAUUCAGAUCAACUUCGCCAUCACCAGAGCGUGCACCCCAGAGGGCCGAGCGUGCUGAUGAAUGCUACCACCAGCCAAGGCAGCUAUCCACACACUAUUACAGCCCUAGCUCCAGGCGACAGAGACCAUUCAUGCCACAUCGUUCGUCAUCGCCACCCAGUCAAGAGAACACUUAUCGUGGUCCAACCCCAACCAUUCCUAACUUUACCAAAGAGGAUCCACGGGAGUUCACCAGGUUAAAAGUAGCUCUUGACAAUCUCCUGCCUGCUGAUGUAACAGAGCGCUUUAAAUUCCAAAUAUUGAUGGAUCACUUGAAGUUUGAAGAAGCAUUGCUCAUUGCUGACUCCUACAGUAACAGCCGGUAUCCUUACAGUCAUACUAUGCAGGCUCUAACAGAACUCUAUGGGCAACCCCAUCAACUUGCACUUAAACGCAUUGCUGUUCUGAUGGAUGGACCCAGCAUAAGAAGUGGUGACACCAGAGCAUUCAGGCUUUUUGCACUGAAGGUACGGGCCCUGGUUGGAAUGCUGGAUCAACUAGGAAGUCCUGGACAUACAGAACUGACUUGUGGGUCUCACGUCUCCCGCCUCCUUGCUAAACUACCUCACGACCUCCGAGCAAACUUUAAGAGGUAUGUCAAUCCACUCAAGACACCUAUUCCUACCUUGACUGAAUUUGCAGAGUGGCUGGAGUAUGAGGUGAGGGUGCAGGAAGACGGUACUCAGUUCAGUAUUGACUCCAGUAGAGAGAGACAGAGUUUCCGCAAAGACCAGCAAAGAGUGCCAAAAUUAUCACACAAAUCUACUGCCAUCUUCCAUGGAAGCGAGCAAAGUCCAGUUUCCAAGACCGAAUCGGUUCGCCAGAAAACAGUGUCUGAGGUGAGAACACUAGAGAAACCAAAGAAAUACUGCCCCUUUUGUAAUACAACUCAACACUAUCUAAAUCAGUGUUCAAACUUCAAGCUACUGACCAAAGAGCAGAUUGUGACUUGGAUCAGAUCCAAUCAGAGAUGCUGGAAAUGUGGGCGUGAUCAUCAAGCAGGUCAGUGUACUCUAAAGGCAAAAUGCAAGAAGUGUCAAAGGAGACAUUUAGAAAUUCUGCAUGAGGCCAACAAUGAAACAAGUACUACUAAUAUCAAAGAAAGAGGAGAGAUCACCCAGUCCACCAGCACCACAAUAGAAACUCUAUACGUCAAUCGACCAACUGGAAGCAGUAGAGUGUUACUGAAAUUGUGCAGAGUCAUCAUACGCAAUGGAGACUUUUCACUUGAUACAUAUGCACUGCUAGAUGAUGGUUCAGAGCGCACCAUACUUCUCCAUGAGGCAGCUCAGCAACUCAACCUCCACGGUAAGCCUGAAGACCUGUCUCUUCGCACAGUGCGCCAAGACGUCCGCAUUAUUCAUGGCUCCACCGUAUCAUUCUCAGUGAGUCCUGCGACACAACCAGAUCGCAACUUUGCAAUCAAGAGAGCCUUUACAGCUGAGGAGCUUGGAUUAGCACCUCAUUCCUACCCAAUUGAAACACUCCAAAAGAGAUAUCGCCAUCUCAGAGGCCUACCUCUUCAGUCAAUUGACCAUGCACGGCCAUUAUUACUCAUUGGGUCAGAUUACCCACAACUGAUCACCCCCGUUGAGCCAGUUCGGUUGGGACCCCCUGGAGGUCCAGCAGCUGUGAAAACUCGUCUGGGAUGGACACUCCAAGGUCCAUCAAAGUUCCUCGAGCACAUCCCACACAUACAACAGUGCUUGUUCACAGCUGUAAGCCUUGCGCCCAAUGAUCUGUUCAGUCAAGUUGAGCGGUUGUGGCAGAUGGACAUCUUGCCCUACCAAAAUGAACGGCUUGUGACAAGGUCAAAGCAAGAUGCUGAAGCUAUUCGCUUGCUGGAGGAGAAAACAAUGAGGGUUGAUGUUGAAGGUGUGCAAAGAUAUGCUACCCCCCUCCUAUGGAAAAUCAGUCCUCCACCUCUAGCCGCUCCAAAGGAAGCAGUACUGCCUCAUUUGCGAAGGACUGAAAAUCAACUGGCACAGAGCUCUGAGAAAUCUCAAGUGUACAAGUCUGAGAUGAACAAGCUGCUAGAAGCAGGCUAUGUGAAGAAAAUUCCCCAAUCCACAGCUGUACAGACUCCAGGGUGGUACAUUCCACACCACAUGGUCCAUCACAACGGAAAGCACAGGAUUGUAUUCAAUUGUUCUUUCAACUUCCAAGGGCUGAGCUUAAAUGAAUAUCUUCUUCCUGGGCCAACUCUGGGUGCGACCUUGCUGGGAGUACUUCUCCGUUUCCGUGAGUAUGCAGUAGCCAUUAGCAGCGACAUAAAGGGGAUGUUUCAUCAGGUGCGUCUCCUGCCAGAAGAUAAAGCAUUCUUACGAUUCCUGUGGCGAGAUCUGAAACCAACCAACGCACCUGAUGUCUACCAGUGGUCAGUUUUACCAUUUGGCACCACGUGCAGUCCGUGCUGUGCAACCUUUGCUCUUCGGAAACAUGUUGCUGAUCACAGCCAACCAGACAGUGAGGUACGAGCAUCAGUAGAUCGUUGUUUCUAUGUGGACAACUGGUUGCAAAGUUUUCCCUCUCUUGAGACUGCCAGACAAUUAGUAGAUGAUAUGCGACAUCUGCUGGCCGAGGGUGGAUUUGAACUGCGCCAAUGGGCUACUAACACACCCCAACUGCUACAACACCUACCGCAGCAAAUCAGGUCAGAGAACCAUGAGCUUUGGUUUAGUUCCGACAGGGCCGACCCCCAGGAGCGUACAUUAGGACUUAGGUGGCAAUGUAGAUCCGACACCCUUGGUUAUAAACAUGGUCAUGUCGUAAAAUCUCAGCCCACUAUGCGACACAUAUAUAGCAUCCUUUCCAGUCAGUACGAUCCAUUGGGAUUCAUCACCCCAUUUACCACUAGAGCUAAGAUCAUAGUCCAGAGGCUCUGGGACAAAAAAAGAGAAUGGGAUGACCCUGAAUUGCCCACAGAUCUCAGGAAUGCAUGGCUCACAUGGGAAGAUGAGCUUCCACAACUUUCCUGUGUCACACUGCCCAGAUGCUACACUACAAAGGUAGAUCCCUUGAUCAGCUCAAGAAGUGUGCACACAUUCUGUGAUGCCUCAGAGCGAGCAUACGGUGCUGUAGCCUAUCUCCGCACUGAAGAUAGCAAAGGACAAGUAGAGGUGUCCUUCUUGGCAGCUAGAUCACGAGUAGCUCCAAAGAAGCAGCAGACAAUUCCCCGACUUGAGCUAUGUGCUGCUCUAACUGGAGCACAAUUGGCAGCAGUUCUGAAAACAGAGCUCUCACUAGACAUCAGCAGUUUCAGAUACUGGACUGAUUCUACAACCGUUCUCAACUGGCUUCAAUCAGACUCAUGUCACUUUAAAGUGUUUGUAGGAACUAGAGUUGCGGAGAUUCAAGAGCUAACUGAUUCAAAAUCAUGGGUAUACGUGCACUCACAAGACAACCCUGCCGACGAUAUUACUCGCGGCAUGUCACUGGCUCAGCUAGCCAAACCUACCCGCUGGAAGAAUGGCCCAGAAUUUCUGCAGAAACCUCCAUCAUCUUGGCCCAAACUGCCCAAUCUAGUGCCAGCUGACACUUCAAAAGAACUGCGUAAACCAGUAUCUUUCCAUCUUCUAAUAACUGAGGCUGACCAGCAUUCAGUCAGUGCUUCUCAAUAUGACAACUUUCAAGAGCUUGUAGAUGCAACAGCCAGAACCCUUCACGGGGCGGCCAGUCCCACAGACACUGUCACUGCUGAUACAUAUAAGAAAGCCGAGCUCAGAAUUAUUCAACAGUCUCAGAUGGAUAGUUUUCCUGACGAAUAUGCUCAGCUUCAAGCAGGGAAACCUAUCUCCUCAAACAGUCGUCUAAAGACUUUAUCUCCCGAAUUUGAUUCUGAAACGCAGCUGAUCAGAGUGGGUGGACGACUCCGAAGAUGUCGCUUGCUGAGCCCUGACAUUCUUCACCCAAUUGUCCUAGACCCAAUCCACUCAGUGACUAAACUACUUAUUAGGCAGUACGAUGCACAGCUCCAUCACCCUGGUACUGAAAGGGUCUUUGCUGAAAUUAGAAGACGCUUCUGGAUCUUGAGAGGUCGUCAAGCUAUUCGAUCAAUUCAAUAUCAAUGUACUGAGUGUCAGAGGUGGCGAGGUAAGCCCAACAUACCUAAAAUGGCUGACUUACCCCCUUCCAGUUUAAGACUCUUCCAGCCAGCCUUUUACUCCACGGGCAUGGACUGCUUCGGCCCAUUUACCAUCAAAAUUGGGCGACGAAACGAAAAACGCUGGGGUAUCAUUUAUAAAUGUUUGACCACAAAGGCAGUGUACAUCGACCUUCUCUCUCAAGCCGACACAGAUUCUUUCCUUAUGUCUCUACGCCGAUUCAUCUCCCGUAGGGGAAAGCCUCAUGAGUUGUGCUCUGAUCAGGGUACCAAUUUCAAAGGUGGAGAUCGUGAGCUUAAGGAAUCCUUCAACAAUAUUCACCCUCAGUUGCAAAGAGAACUUGCCAAGCAACAAAUUGAUUUUCAAUACAAUCCACCAAACUCCCCACAUUUCGGAGGAUCCUGGGAAAGGGAAAUCAGAUCUGUUAAAGCUGCACUAUACACCACCAUUGGUGCACAAACUGUCACAGAGGAAGUGCUCAGGACUGUCCUUAUUGAAAUUGAGGGGAUUUUAAAUUCAAAGCCGUUGGGAUAUGUUUCCUCGGAUGUAGCUGAUCCGGACCCAAUAACCCCUAAUUCACUCUUAAUGGGCCGGUCAGACUCUGCCCUGCCUCAGGUAAUUUACCCUGCAUCUGAGCUGCUCAGCCGCAAACGCUGGAGACACAGCCAGAUACUGGCAGACCAGUUCUGGAGCUGUUACCUGCGCAACUACCUACCUGGACUCCAGUCUCGCCAUAAGUGGCAACAAGAGAAAGACAACCUGACAGUAGGGACAGUGGUUAUGAUUGCUGAUCCGCAAUUCCCUAGAGCAUUCUGGCCCAUUGGGACUGUGAAAGCUGUCCAUACCGGAGCUGAUAACAAAGUAAGAGCUGCAGAAAUCCAGGUCAAAGACAGAACCUACAUCAGACCUGUUGUCAGACUGAUUAAACUCCCUUCACUCCCUGAAUGAUUGUGAGUUCUGGCCCAAGAUACAAAUCUGCAAGCACAUUUGGGGGCGGCUGUACUAAACUGAGGGCCAGUGAUUAAUAUGUUCAUUCAUUCUUUGUACGUGUAAUGGUUAAUUUGCUCGUGUUAUUUAGUCAGGCAUCAGUCACUCGCCUAUAGUUAGGACCCAGAAGGUGGAAAGGACCCGUAUGCUGACGCAGUUUAGAAUUCAUUUAUUAUCGUCUUUAUUAUUGCUGCCGCGAGACGAUACUAACGGUGAUGAUAAUGCCGUUCUGCCGCGAUACUGAGUAAUCGCAUGUGUGCGUGCAUCAAAGAAACCACACUUUAUUAAAGACUGUUCAAGUUUGCAAUGGGUGGUCUAUGAGUGGUGUGUGCAUCUAGCUCCUUCUAAAUGGACAACACUUAAUUGUUCUGAUCGGACACUAUUUGGUGGUUGCCACCGGGUAUUAAUUGGCACCUAAGAGCCGAACAAUUCUUUACAAUUGAAGUCUGGGAUGCCAUGAUACUUAAAAAAGUAGUGUACACCUUGACUUUUGAAAAUCUUAGCUUAAAUGUAUGACAUGAAUCAAUAGUGUUCAUAAAUGGCAGUUGAGUAUUUUCACUAGAAACAAGUAGAGGCUUCAACCCAGAAAUAUAUUCCUUAUGUCAAGACAAGUGGAUAAUGUUUUCCCCUAUAACAGUUUAGGUGUAGUCACAUUUGCUGUUCUGCAAAUUUUUACAGGUGAAUUCCAGUCAUUUCAAUAGGAAUUCACAAAAAAAAAUCACUAUGGGUCCAAGCUGGUCACUCAAAAUUCACUGCAUUGACCAACAGAAAGCUGCUUUAAAGUGACUUCUGUGUGAGCUGUGCUUCAUACAUUGCAUCGUGACUCGCUACAUCAUUGACAAUGGACCUUUUUGCCCCGUAAUUUCACUGAAAUUUCGCAAAUGUGACUGCACCUUUGUAACAAAUUAUAAUGGAAUCAAUAUAAAUAAAAUAUUCACAAGGGACAUUUGAGGUAAUUAAUGAGUCAGAAAUGUGAAAAGGUGCAGCAGCUUCAUCUUCUGCCAGGCUUCUUUUUUUCCCUCUUUUCUGGUAGGUGGUCCUCUUGCCACACUGAUUUUCAGGACUACAAGAGGUUUUCAUUCCUGUUCCAACUUUCUGCAUACUAUGCCAAGAUCCCUGCAAAGUACAAAAUUUACUGUUGGUAAUGUCAUUAAAUAGAUAGUUGUGGAAAUCAAAGUAAUUUCCUCACCCUUGUGACAUUCCAAACCUGUUUGACUUGGUGUCUGGAGCCCAAAAGCAGAUCUCAGGCAUAAGGCAACCCCAGUCACCGUUCAUUUUCAUUGCAUGAAACACAAGCAGAAAAAAAAUGUGUAAAUCAUUCACAAAUCCAUUUUUAUGUACACUGGUCUCAUUCAAUUCAAGGUAACAAUUUAUGUAAAAAUGGAUGAGUAUUCUGUUGAGCUCCAAAAAAGUAGGCUACCAUAUAUGAGUCCACGACUGAGUUGUGUCAA